AUGGCCACGUCUACCCCCUCCGCUGACGCCCCGCCGGGGGAAGGAAGUGGGUCUACAAAAGAGGCCUACGACUGGCAUCCGACCCACCAUGUCCAGAAAAACUUUCUCCGCAGCAAGAUGGCCGCUUUCCUGCAGGCGAGAGCGGAGAAGGAGAGAACGAAGAAAAAGGAGCCCGUCAGCAACUUCUUCAAGUCCGUCUACACCGAAGUAGACGUGCGAUGGCCAACCUACGAGUCGGAAGAACUCGCAGAAGCUGCCGAAGUGGCUCGACUGGCUGCCGAGGGGGUUGAGGGUGACCCAGAUCAGUCUGCUGAGCUUCGAGGACAAGGUUUGGCCGACGAAGACCAGGUCACAGGGACGGGACCUCAGGGGAAUGGAAGACGCGGGAAGAGUAAGAAAACCGUAAAGGAAAUCGUUGAGGAAUCGCAGCCCCGUGAGGCUCCUCCUGCGAAUUGGGACGUUGGCGUUUGGCAGGCCGCUAGGCGAAAGAAGGUCUAUCGCUGGUUCUACAACCAGGUUCCGAAAUUCAAAAGAAAGGGGCCAAAGAUCGAACUCGUCAUGGCCCCUGUUCAGCGCCGGUCGUUGAGUGACUGGCAGUUGUUCUCCAAAGACUUCUACGGAAAAAAAGUCAGAGGAGCGGUAGAGGAGGAGGCGAAAAGGUUGGAGGCGGCUGGCGAAGAGGUGGAAUUGGUGUCGCUGCGCCAAGAUAUGACGAUCAAGGCCUGGAAGGAUGCCGAUGAAGAAACGAGGGCCCACGUAUUCGCGAAGAAGGCUGAGAUUGCUGAGGCGAAGGCACAGGCGGCGGCGGCGAUGAGCACGGCGAUGGACGUUCUUAGCCAGGAAGAAAUCGACGCGAGAACCCCUGAGGAGUAUCACGAAUUCCUCGCGAUCCUCCCCGAGCUUCUUGACGCGUUCUUCACUACCGUAUCUGCGAAAAGCGGUUGGUCAUUCACGGUCCUCGCCGGCGGCCCUGAUCCUUCCAAGGAGGGUGGUGCAAUCCGCACGAUGUCUUAUCACCACGGGGUAACUCCCCGCGACCAGACCUUCCGUCAAAUUCUUCCACCGAGGCAGUUUGCCGACAUCUUCAUGAAGCCUUACUCCGGAUUCUUACAUUUAGUGUAUCCUAAGGAGGUCCGUCAGAGUCGCGAACUAGCCAAUGGGGACUCUUCCGCAUUGGAUCUUCUGUUGUCCUUGAACCCGUCGAUGGUGAACGAGGACCUUCCGGAAGAUCAAAUCGAAGACGCCCAGGCCGGUGCAGCUCGUAUCCGACACCCUAAGGGUGUGGCGCCUGACGAAUCCAGUGCUACCCCACCAACGAAGUCUGGACAGGGAGAUGCUGCGCGUGACGAUGGCGAGCUUGGACGGGAGAAGACGGAAGGGGACGCGAAGGGGAAGAAGAGUGCUGGCAGGAAGGGAAGCUCCAAGUCGAAAGGGAAAGGGAAGGCGAGCGAUGCGGUCACCCAGGUUCCUUCUCAGGAGUCAAGUGAGGAUACCUCGCCAUCUGGAAACCUUGUCCGGCAGGUGGUCAACCCCGUGGUGGGGUCGGGGAUGCUGGCUUCGGUGAAUGUCGCUGGGCCAUCGUCUUCCGUUGGCACACGAGGAGAGGUUGCGGGGCAAAGCCUCCAUGUCGAGGAUGGGAAUCUGGUGGGGGAGAUUGGGGGGGGCCAAUUGGGGUUCGCGGCGUCAAGCGGAGUCGAUGGGGGAAUGAGCUGCCAGCUGUUCCCGCCGGACGACAUGGUGUUUGGUACGGGUUCCGGAUUCGUCGAGACGGGCUCAAGUGGUUACGGCGUUCUUCCUGUCCCCAAUUUCAAUCCCUCUGCGUAUCUGCCCCCACCGGGUUCAUUGUCGGCACUGCUCCAUGACUUCGGGGCUGUGGAUUUGUUGGGACAGCAAGCGGCGAAUCUGGCGUUGCAGGAGGGAAGGGACGAGUCGGGGGGGAACGUGACUUCGGAGUUCACAUCCGCACCGUUGCCGGACACACGUGGCAUUGCGUCAUCGGACGUGUCGGCCGGGGUCUCUUCUGCUCCUGCCAUAGCCAACGAGGCUCGGGUGUCCGAAGGCGAGGCGAGCACUUCUGCCCUAUCCCUAUCCGCGGUUCCAGACAAACGAGGUCUGGAGGAGGGGGAUGCUACUCAAGGACGGGAGAAGCGUGCGCGGCGUAUGAAUACUAGGCAGGGGGCCCCCGCGUGGGUGGAGAGCGGUCAAGCGUACCUGGCACUACCUGGGGCUGGGUUAGAGUGGGCUAGCUGCAUCGAGACGUGGUCCACGUUCGAAACCCGCAAUGCCAUUUUGGAUACGGGGUCCGUGCGCCUGCCCAAACCAUCGAUCCGUCCCAAGAUUCUGUCGCAAUGGCUGGCGAAGAAAAAAUUCCAUGACGCUUUGGGGGGCGAGGACGAGGUGGAGGAGUUCGCUAAGGCCUGGCUGGUAUGGUGGAACGGCAUACAGCCCGCCUGGAGGAUGCAUGAGGGCGAGGAGGUGGGAUUGCCGAAGCCGAUCAGCACGGGUAAGGAUUUGUCGGGGCUAAAGAAGCCUGGAUUCUGCGGUUUGUUUUCGGUUCUGGUGGGUUUGCGGUGGUGGGCGAGCGCUAAGAAGAGCCCUGUUAAGUGGGAGGCUGCUGUCGCGGACGUGAAGGCCUGUCUGGAGGAGCUGGGUGGCCGCUGA